AUGUCAAGCAGCCCUUCCAACGUGUCGUCUCCAGCCUCUUCUGCUUUCACAGCAGGCGAUUUGAAUCUGCAUCCGGUUCCUCGCAUUGGCCUUUCUGCUCCUGCAAGCCUACAAUCUAUCCAAUGCGACGAGGCCGAUGAAGACGUUCCUCCUUUGGACAUCGUUGGACCGUUUGCCGGCGAUCUCAACGCACAGGCCAUUUCUCAGAGUGAUCAGGACCUCCUCAAUCUGUGGAACGACAAGCUUGACUCUGAGUCUCUUGAGUACUGCAGUCGAUGCAAGGAGUCCUGGUUCAACAUGGUCCUUGUAAAUGAUGUCUGUUCUGCCUGCCGUCGUCGUGACGCCGAUGGGAAAAGGCAGCCUCACGAACCUUUCCUCUUCUCCGAAGAAAAUAACCUGGAUCUCGGCAGCGUUCCCAACGAGCUCCCAGAGCUAUCCCAAGUCGAGGAGAUGCUCAUUGCGCGGGUGCAUGUCCACAUCCAGGUUUUCCAGUACCGUGGCCAGCAGUAUAAGUAUCGUGGUCAUGUCAUUAACUUCUUACGGGAUAUUGGCCACGUCUAUACGCAGCUUCCUCUUCUGCCGCGCGAAUUGGACAUCAUCAUAAUACGCCCACGGAUUCAACGAACCAGCCACACGUCGUCCGGCAGUUUCGACGUCAAUUCCGUGUUAGGCAAGGUCACAUUCGCGUCUGGCUUGAACACCUUCAACUCAACCACCCUGGCUAUCGAGAUAUCAUCAUUGACGCUGAGCGCCUAA